UUUAGCGAGUUGCAACAUUCGUUUUUAUAAUAAAAUUGUUAACAGUUUCUUGAAUGUUUUUAAUAUAGAUAUAUUAUCUAAUUAAUUCGUAUUUCGUCGGAAACGAACUCAUUUGAGUUAAAUACACAGUGAGAUCCUGGAAAACAAAAUAAAACUUAAAUAACAAUGGUGCAACCAACGUCAAAAGUUUUGGAUAAGGAAUCUUUGAAGAAUGUUCACAUCAACAAAUCUAAUGUCGAUGCUCAAAUUAAAUAUAUACUGGAUAACAACCGAGUGUCUUCCAUCAACAGCAACAACUGGGUUCUUAAAGCCAUUUCUGUAAUAGACCUGACCACACUAGCUGGUGAUGAUACAAGGUCUAAUGUGUUUAGGCUUUGCACUAAGGCAGCAAAUCCUAUACCACCAAACAUACUUGAAAAGCUGGCACUGAAAGAAAAUAUAAGAACUGCGGCAGUAUGCGUUUACCCAAACAGAGUCAAGGAUGCUUAUGAAGCUAUCAAACUCAUGAAUCUUACUAAAGAAAUUAAUAUUGCCUCAGUGGCCACCGGUUUUCCUUCCGGGCUGUACCCAUUGGAGACUCGACUACAAGAGAUCAAGUUUGCAGUUAAUAAUGGAGCUACAGAAAUUGAUGUGGUACUAGACCGCAGUUUAGUGCUAACGGGACAAUGGGAUGCAUUGUUCAAUGAGGUCCAACAGAUGAGAAAGGCUUGUGGUGACUCUCACCUGAAGGUGAUACUUGGAGUUGGAGAACUAGGAUCAUAUGAUAAUAUUUACAAAGCAUCAAUGAUCUCUAUGAUGGCUGGAGCAGAUUUCAUUAAGACAUCAACUGGGAAAGAAGCAGUUAAUGCUACUUUACCAAUAGGCCUUGUCAUGUGCAGGGCUAUAAGGAAAUAUUAUCAGAUGACUGGUGUCAGGAUUGGAUUAAAGCCUGCUGGAGGCAUAAAGACCACAAAAGACGCCAUCAACUGGCUGGUCCUUGUGUACACAGAGCUAGGACCAGAGUGGCUGACACCAAAACUUUUCCGUAUUGGAGCUUCUAGUCUACUCGACGAACUUGUGGAAAAUAUAUCUAUCGCUUAAUAUACCUACUGUUAAGUAGCCAAAGCUAAAGCCUAAAUGAAGCCAAAAAUCUAUUUUUGUAAAUGUUUAAAACUAAAUUUAUAUGUAUAGUAUAUAUUAUGUAGAAAUAUUUUUUAUAAUUUAUUGGUGCCAUUUUAAGAGAAAAAUGUUUUGAUAAUUUUAUAUUUUGUAUAUUUUUGUGGUUGUACAUUCCUCGUUACUGUAAAGCGUUAAGAUAUUGUAUCAAAUAAAAUACAUUUAUACUU